AUGGGGGCGCCCAGCCUCCUGGCGCUAAUACCACUACUGUUGGUCCUGGCGGUAUACCGCUUCACGCAUGGUGCCACGGGUUCAACGGAAAGCGUACCUGUCACCGCUUAUUAUGUCGGCGGAAGCACAGGCGUGACAAUUAAUGCGUCUCAGCCGUACGAGGGCUGGGGUGGUGUGUCGCUGAUGGAGCUGGAGGCCGCCGCGAAAGCCGCCGCUAAUGCCGCUGCGGAGGCCGAGCCCACGUCAGCGACGAGCUCGUCUGAGGCUGGCGAACGCGUUUCAGAGAAAGCAGAUGCCGAGGGCGGGUUGCGCCGGAGCCUUGCUGGCAGCUCCGCGCUAAGCCCACUCGCGUCCGCGUGGCACAGCCUCCUGAUCGCGCAGUACAUGAGUCGUACCACGGCGUGCGGCGCAACGCUAACGCGCGCGUGCCGCGCGCUGCAGAUGGCGGACAGCCUCGUGAAAUCGGGGAAGCCGGGGGAAGCCGUUGCGCAGACCAAGCUGGCGGGGUCCCUCGCACAAGCAUGCGCGGGAAAGGUCCCUGCCAGCGCGGCGGAGCAAAUACGUCUCGCCCUGCCGCAGAUCAGCCUCGGGCAAAACGCUCUUUUGGCUGGCAGGUCAAAGUCCGUGCGCCCGUCAAGUACGAGCGGGAGGCAGAAGAGCUCGUCCGGGAGUAAAUCGAGUUCGUCUGAGAAGAGAACGACGUCGACAGGGAGGAAGAAGGGAGGGCACAAGUGGAAGGAUAACCCUGCGACGAAGGACCGCAAAAAAGGGGGCCAUAAGUCUAAGAAUGUCCCAGCCACGAGUAAUCGCGUGAAGGGGGGGCACAAAUACAAGCGGGGCGCCAGGAGACGUAGUUCGCGAAAGACGGGGGGUUCUUCGAAGGCGCCUGCGAAGAAAAAUGGCUCGAAGGCUCCUGCGAAGAAAAGUGAUUCGAAGGCGCCUGCGAAGAAAAAUGACGAAAUCGGCUGGUUGGGACACAACGACGUUGCGCAGGGGGUAAUGCAGUGGCUGCCGUAUGGUAACCCGAUCGACGACUGCUGGAUGGGUCCCAACUGGCAGGCCACUCCGACGAAAUUGGCGAGCUGCGUUGAGGGUUACGCGACGGGUACCACUGGCGGCGCGAAAGGGCGCAUUUACCACGUGACGUCGAAUCAGGACGAUCGGAUCAACCCCAAGCCCGGGACUCUGCGAUACGGCGCGACCCGGGCCGAGCCGCUGUGGAUUGUAUUCGAUAACGAUUUCGACUUUAGCGGGUUGGAUGCGGAGAUCAUCGUGUAUAACGACAAGACGGUGGACGCUCGUGGGCGAAAAGUGACGAUGGGUAACGGCCCGUGCAUGGCCAUCGAGUUUUCGCACAACGUCAUCGUGCACGGCAUGGCGUUCAAGAACUGCAAGAACCGCGUCGGUGCUACUUCGCUGACCACGGGCCCUGACAAUACAGUAAGCGGGCGGAACUACCUUAACGGGUAUGGGCUGUACAUCUACGCAUCGCACCACGUGUGGGUGGACCACUGCUCGUUCGACUACGCGGAUGACACCCACAUUGAUAUUGUCGCGGCCAGCACUGCCAUCACCGUUUCCAACUGCUACUUUACAAAUCAGGAUAAGGUAAUAUUGAUGGGGCAUGACGAUGCGUACAGUGCUGACCGUGCCAUGCGUGUAACCGUCAUGCUGAACAAGUUCGGUCCGAACCUGUUGGAGCGCCUGCCUCGGGGCAGGUUUGGGCAGUUCCACGUGGUGAACAACUACUACCCGAACGGGUGGGGCAUCUAUGCCAUUGGAGGGAGCGCUGACCCGACGUUUCUGAGCGAGGGCAACUAUUUUGUGGCCAAUGACAAGCCGUUCCUCAAGGAGGUGACAAAGCACAACAUAGCAGCAGGGCAGUCCACGUACAUGAGCUGGGACUGGCAGUCUGUAGGUGACCACUUUGAGAACGGGGCCUUCUUCACCAAGAGUGGGUCGCCGGGCUAUAAACCUUCGUACUCCUACAAAGCACUUAGUGCUCUAGAGGUGCCACGUGCAACCAAUCGUGCUGGCCCUAUUGGACAAUAG